UCUCCUAGGUGAUUGAGCUACCUGCCACACAGUCACACUAAUUUUUUAGACAAGAUGGACCAACUUUCUGAAGGGCCCCUCUACUGCGCGGAGCAGAUUAAGAUCCCGGCACAGCUACCGGACAUACUCAAGGAGUUCACUAAGGCAGCAAUAAGAACUCAGCCAGAUGAUGCGCUACAAUGGUCCGCUGCGUAUUUUGAAGCUCUACAGAAUGGAGAGAUGCCUCCAGUGAAGAGGAGGCUGGAGGUGGACCUGCCACCUCGUGAGGAGAGGGUGGGCGGACUCAGCGUGGGAGCUCUCUCCGUGCUGCAUAGUCAGCUGGGAGAGUGUGUGCGUGUUCCUCUGAGUCAGGUACAGGACAAGUGGAGGGCAGUGGGUUGUGAGCAGAGCAAGUUAGAUGAACUACUAGCCAUUGGGAACAUGUCUGGUGAGGUGGAGUGGCUGAAACUGCUAGCACUAGCCUGUACUGCACUGGAUAAUUCUAUCUCAGCGGCCCUAGCUUCGUUGUGUACAAUAUUGACCUCUGACCCCGAUGGUGGUCCAUCAAGGAUACCAGUCGACCUAUUCCACACUCUCUACUCGUAUCUGGCACAAAUAGACGGAGAAAUAUCCAAAGAAAAUAUCGCAUUAGUUAUGGAGUUUCUCAAUGCUGAAUCAGAGCGCUAUGAGGGGAAGGUUGGGCCGAGAGACUUCCAGCACGCGAGUUGCCCUCGACUGGACUCCACUAGACACCGAUAAUGAACAUCUCUCAACACUGCAAACAAUAUUUUAAAUAUUACACGUUAGAAUAUAAUUAUAUCGAUGCAUACAAGUGGUUAAUAUUCAUUGUAAAUCUUUAUUAUACGAAUCUUUAUAACAACUGCAGCCAUUAUGACAA